AUGGAGGACUUGCUGGACCUAGAUGAGGAGCGGCGUCGCGGCCCGGCCACCUCCGGGGCCAAGAUGGGGCGCCGAGCUCAACAGGAGUCCGCCCAAGCCGAGAAUCAUCUCAGUGGCAAGAAUUCGUCUUCGACUCUGACUGCAGAGGUUCCUCCUCCCAAGCCACCCCGCCAGCAAGGAGGCUGGACAGAUGACUCGGUGAAGGUUUCCAAGUCAAGAAGGAGGGCUUCUAAAGAAAUAGAAGACCGCCGCCUCAGACAGCAGAGCCUGGAUAGAUCAGAUGACGGAGGAGAUACCCCUGUCAUUCCGGACCUGGAAGAGGUACAGGAGGAAGACUUCGUCUUGCAGGUGGCAGCCCCUCCCAGCAUCCAGGUGAACCGAGUGAUGACCUACCGCGACCUGGACAGUGACCUCAUGAAGUACUCGGCCUUUCAGACCUUGGAUGGAGAGAUUGACCUGAAGCUCCUCACCAAAGUCCUGGCGCCUGAGCAUGAGGUUCGAGAGGAUGACGUCAGCUGGGACUGGGACCAUCUGUACACGGAGGUGUCCUCCGAGCUCCUCAGUGAGUGGGACGCGCUGCAGACGGACAAGGAGGGCCCCGUGGGGCCGCCCGCACACACCUGA